CUAAUGCUCUCUAUAAUAAAAAAUAAAACCUCUGAUUAUUUUUUAUCAUUUGGUUAUAAUAUUAUUUUUAAUAAUAUAUUUCCAAAGAUCAAAAAUGGUAAACUAAUUAUUGAAAUUAAGGAUGAAAAAAAUCCAAUUUAUAACAAUACAUUGGUCUUUGGUGAUACCCAAAACAAAACAGACUGUUCUCGAGUUAUAAUUUAUAAUAUAAAUGGUUUUAUCAGUAAAUUAUUAUUUGGCCAUGAUAUAGGUAUGGGUGAAGCAUAUAUGGUCGGUGACUACACAACAGAUGAUUUAAAAACUUUUAUUAAAGUAUUAAUUAUGAACUCUAACCAAUUAUAUCAAAGUAAAAGUAAAAUCUUAAACUUUUGUAAUGAUAGUGUAAACUCACUAUUCCAAUAUUUGUAUACAAAAUCAGUAGAGGAUGUAAAUAAAACAAUUAAAACUCAUUAUAACUUGAGCAAUGAACUCUACGAAUUAAUGUUAGGAAAAACUAUGUGCUAUUCAAGUGCAAUGUAUUCGUCACCUGAUGAAGAUUUAGAUACUGCUCAAUUAAGAAAAUUCAAUUAUUUAAUUUCCAAAUCCAAUGUUAAAAAGGAAGAUCAUAUUUUAGAAAUUGGUUGUGGUUGGGGCACAUUUUUAAUUGAAAUUGUUAAAAAAACUGGGUGUCGUGCAACUGGUAUUUCUUUAUCUGAAGAGCAAAUUGACUAUGCUAGAAAAUUAAUAAAAAAUGAGGGGUUGGACCACCUAAUCAAUGUUGAAGUAUGCCAUUACCAAGAUAUUACUGGUAAAUAUAGUCAUAUAUUUGCAAUUGAAAGUAUGGAGCAUGUUGGACCAGAUCAUUUUGAAAAAUAUUUUUCUAUUGUGGAUAGAGCACUAGAUGAAAAUGGUCUUAUAGUUUCACAAAUUUCCACAUACCAAGACCUUGAUUUCGAAAACAAUAGAAUGGGGAAAAAAGUUGGUUUUAUUAACAAAUAUAUUUUCCACGGUGGUGAACUACCAUGCUUAACCAAUGUCAUUAAUGGUGCCGCAAAAUCUUCUAGAAUCCAACUUGAUAGUGUUGAAAAUAUCAGCCAACAUUACUCUUGGACUCUUGACGCAUGGACAAAACUCUUAUUAAAAAACAAAGAAGAAAUUAUGAAAUUGGGUUUUGAUCAACAAUUUAUCAAUAUGUUUGAAUAUUACUACUGCUAUUGUUCUGCUGGUUUUGAAACUAGAUACAUUGCUAAUUCCCAAUUGGUUCUUUCUCGUCCACUAAAUGUUGAAAAUUUAAAAACAAAAUUUUAUAAUUAA